AUGGCGUCGACACUCUCGCCAGUCAACCCACCUCUACCUUCGACCCAGCCGACCGACUCGUUCCAGCUGUUGAAGGAAUCGGAGAAACCAGAUGCCGAGCAAGAGAUAUUCGAUCAACAGGUACAACAGGUCAAGGAGUGGUGGGCGAGUCCGAGAUACAAGGGCAUCAAGCGUCCAUACCAACCGGAACAAGUUGUGAGCAAGCGUGGGACUCUUCAACAGGUCUAUCCUUCGAGCUUGACGGCUCGGAAACUGUUCAACUUGUUGGAAGAACGAAAUGCUGAGGGCAAGCCCGUACAUACAAUGGGUGCCAUUGACCCGAUCCAAAUGACACAACAAGCUGCACAUCAGGAGAUCCUCUAUGUCUCCGGCUGGGCUUGCUCCUCCGUACUCACAACGACGAACGAAGUCAGCCCGGAUUUUGGCGACUACCCAUACAACACGGUACCCAACCAGGUCCAGCGAUUGUUCAAGGCGCAGCAGUUGCACGACAGGAGAAGUUACGAUGCGAGGAUGAAGAUGAGCCCAGAAGAGCGAAAGAAGACACCAUACAUCGAUUAUCUCCGACCUAUUGUAGCAGACGGCGACACUGGACAUGGAGGUCUCAGUGCUGUUCUCAAGCUGGCGAAGUUGUUUGCGGAGAAUGGUGCGGCGGCAGUACAUUUCGAGGAUCAGCUUCACGGCGGAAAGAAAUGCGGACAUCUUGCGGGCAAGGUGUUGGUUCCAGUCGGUGAUCACAUCAGCCGCCUUGUAGCUGCACGGUUCCAAUGGGAUUUGAUGGGCUGCGAGAACCUGGUUAUUGCUCGCACCGACAGCGAGAGUGGAAAGCUGCUCAGCAGUGCUGUGGAUGCUAGGGACCACGAAUUUAUCCUCGGAGUGACAGAAGAUGUGGAGCCACUCGCCGAGACGAUGCAGAUUAUGGAGAUGAAUGGUGCAUCAGGACCUGAGAUCGACAAGUUCGAGGCCGACUGGGUCAAGAACCACAAGCUGGUCACAUUCGACGAGGCCGCGGAGGCACACAUCAAUGCUGCCGGCAAAGACGCUGGAGCAUACCUGAAGCAGAUCAAGGAGAAUCGCAACCUGCCGCUGUACCAGCGAAGGAAGGCGGCGGCAGAGGUUGCAGGCAGCCCUGUGCUGUUCAACUGGGAUGCUCCGCGCACACGAGAAGGCUUUUACCACUAUAAAGCCGGUCUUGCCGCAGCCACGAAGCGUGCCAUCGCUUUUGGACCCUACGCUGAUCUCCUGUGGCUAGAGACCGGCGACCCAAGCGUUGCGAAGGCCGCCGGCUUUGCCAAGGAGAUCCGCGACGUGCUGCCCGAGAAGAAGCUGGUCUACAACUUGUCACCCAGCUUCAACUGGUCUGCCCACGGCUUCAGCGAUCACGAUUUGAAGAACUUCAUUUGGGACCUUGCCAAGCACGGCUUCGUACUCCAGCUCGUAUCUCUCGCCGGUUUGCACAGCACAGCGACGAUCUCGAACGAGCUGGCGAAGGCGUACAAGACUGAGGGCAUGAAAGCGUAUGUGGAAAUCGUGCAGCGGAGAGAGAAGGAGACGGGCUGUGAUGUGUUGACGCAUCAGAAGUGGAGUGGCUCGAACUACAUGGAUGGCAUUAUUGGCUCGAUCCAGGCGGGCAGCAGUGGCAGCAAGAGUAUGGGAGAUGGUAAUACAGAGGGAUCCUUUUAG